GCCACACUGCCGCCAAAAAAUCGCAACAUACCGCGACGCACAGAAUACUACGGCCGAUUUGACUCAACAACGCACAAUCCUCAACGUAGCCACGGAAACGCGAGGUUACGGCCGCUUCGACCUCCACCAGUGAUGAUGUGAUGGCCGUCCCGCGCGCCACGCUUUCAACUCUUUUUUUCUUCCCAGCUCUUUCCUGAUACACCAGCACGAAAGCAGCGCAGUGCAACAACCAACUCUCGAACUACCUAAGGUCGGGUACUGACUGCGUCGUGCCUUGCUGACAUCCAGAGUCGGCUUACCUUUUGGACUGUGGUGACUCUUCAGCGGCCACGGGCCCUGUUCUGCUUCUUCAACAUGGAGGGCGCUUUCACCCACCUUGGAAACCAUCUCGUUUCCGACUCCGCGGCGGCCAUCAAGGCCGGCGGCUCCGACGAGCUCUCGAACAUCGACCCGGACGACAACCUGCUGUACGGCGUCCUCGGAGGCCGUGGUGCGGACGCUGGUCUCGGCAGUGCGAGACGCCGCCAAGAUGACGAAGACAACGAGACCGAGGUCUUCGACGACGACGACGAGAGUCUGUCCAGCGUCCAGGUCGACGGCAUGAAGGGCCUCAAACUGAACGGCCCCGAAGAGGAGAAGGAGCUUCCAGCCCACGCUUGCGCCUAUUGCGGCAUUCAUUCCCCCGCAAGCGUUGUCAAAUGCCUCACCUGCAACAAGUGGUUCUGCAGCGCUCGCGGGAACUCGAGCUCCUCGCACAUUGUCAACCACCUCGUGCGAGCUCGCCAUAAAGAAGUCCAGCUUCACCCCCAAUCAUCGCUGGGCGACACCGUUCUCGAGUGCUACAACUGCGGGAUCAAGAACGUGUUUACGCUCGGCUUCAUCCCGGCCAAAUCCGACACCGUGGUAGUCCUCCUCUGCCGGCAGCCUUGCGCGGCAAGCACCUCGACCAAGGACAUGAGCUGGGACAUUUCAAGAUGGCAGCCGCUCAUUGAAAACCGGACCUUUCUGAAUUGGCUCGUCCAGCCGCCCACCGACGCCGAGCAGCUUCGCGCUCGACAUCUCACCCCGCCCAUGAUCGCCAAGCUUGAGGAGAUGUGGAAAGUGGCGCCUGGGGCCACCGUCGCCGACCUGGAAAAGCGCGCGAGCGUUGACGACGAUCCGCAUCCCGUGCUGCUCAAGUACGACGACCCCUACCACUACCAGAACAUCUUUGGCCCGCUCGUCAAGAUGGAGUCGGAUUACGACAAGAAGCUCAAGGAGGCGCAAUCGGAGGACAACCUCCAGGUCAAGUGGGAUUACGGGUUGGAGAACAAGCAUGUGGCCAUCUUCGUCCUGCCCAAGAUCGAGUCGGGCGAUGUCAAGCUGGCGGUGGGCGACGAGAUGAGGCUGAAGUACAAGGGCGACCUCCGCCCGCCGUGGGAGGGCGUCGGCUAUGUCACCAAGAUCCCCAACAACCAGAACGACGAGGUUCACCUUGAGCUGCGGAAGUCGGGCAACGACAAGGCAGUGCCGACCGACGUCACCACCAAUUUCUCGGCCGACUAUGUUUGGAAGGCCACCUCGUAUGACCGCAUGCAGCUCGCCAUGAAGACGUUUGCGGUUGACGAGAUGAGCGUCUCGGGCUACAUCUUCCACAAGCUACUCGGCCACGAAGUCGCAUUGGUGCCCAUGAAGACACCGAUGCCUAAGAAGUUCCACGCCCCCGGCCUGCCGGAGCUGAAUCACAGCCAGAUCACGGCCAUCAAGACGGUGCUGUCGACGCCGCUCAACCACAAGUGCUUGGUCGAGGGCCCUCUCACCAACCUGCAGACGUCGCUCUUGCAGUUCAGCAAACCCAAGACGUCCUUCCGCCCUCCGCGUUACGGUCAGCAGACGCACGCGGCGGGUGGCUACCCCAACGGCCGAUACGGCGGCGGCGGCAUGAACGGGUCGGCCAGGGACUACGAGACGGGCUCUAUGCUUUCGUACAUCCCCGACGAUGUAUCGUCGAUCCACAGCUCCGCCUUGGGCGGCGCCGGGUUGAGCUCGGCCUAUCCGCACAUGUUCUCCAACUUCCACCCCGAUCAGUGGCCAGGAUUGCCGGGUGUGGGCGGGGGUGGCCGUCCCGGGGCCAAGGGCCGCGGCCGCGGCGCCGAGAGCAUCGCGGGCGAGAGCAUCGCCAACAGCGAGUUCACCGACGCGAGCGCCAGCGUCAUUGGCGGCAAGGGCGUUGGUCAAGGAGGAGCCAGCCUCGGCGCCGGCCUUAGCGAGACAGUCAGCGCCGCGCGGCCGACCUCAUAUACGCAGGACGACCGUCUGAAGCAGUACGUCGAGCACGACAAGCGCAUGGGACUCGGCAACGGGUUCGGACGGCGGAUCGACGAUGACGAGAAGAGCAUCAGCACCGCUUUUGCUAGUCAGAUCGGGUCUGGCAGAGAAGCAGGCACACGGGGCCAGAUCCUAGGAGCAGCUGCCUGCCUUCCUCUUUCGCCGGGGCCUCGGUCGAGCAGACGAUCUCCCAACCUGCAAGAGUCCGGCGCGCCCGCAGCUGCAGGAAGCGAUGGGAGCGCAGAUGCUCCCUCAAGAGCACACCUCCCCGCCGACCAGAGGCUUGCUCGGCAGCCGUCGGCCGCAUCCCAGGCCCCGCGCCUUGGCCGUUUCGAGGUCCGGCAACGGCUCCGGCUCCGCGCCGUCGUCGGGUGCCAGGCGCAGCAGCGACGCCAGCGGCGGCGACGCCGCUAUCGUGAGGAUGUGCAGCAGGUGGUGCGCCAGCACUUCCUCGUCCAGCGGGUUGCUCAGAUACCCCGGGUCGAUCGCCGGGUCCGCCAGCGGGACACCGCUCGCGAUGUGCACGCUGCCCCGCGACAGCGGAUGCGACAGCAGCGCGCCGAUCGACACGAACUUGCCCGGGGCCGGGCCCUCGCCACCGCCGCUGGCCCCCGCCGGCCGCUCGAACGCCACCGCCGGCGACUGCGAGAUCACGCUGAGAUAGGCGGCCGACGGCACGGCCGGGUCGAGGAGCAUGCGCUCAGCCAGCUCUUCGUCCCCGGCCAACUCCUCUGGGCAGCCGCCAACACCUGCGUCAAGAUCUCCAUCCUGUCGCUUUACGUGAGCCUCUUCCCGGACCAACGCUUCAUCGUUACCUGCUACGUCACCAUGGCCGUGACGAUCUGCUACUUCACCUCGGUGCUGCUCGAAACCUUCCUGCUCUGCAAGCCGGUGCAGUACAACUGGGACAAGUCCAUCGCCGGCAGCUGCGACGGGCAGAACACGGCCUACCUGGUCGCCGGCAUCACCAACCUGGUCAUCGACGUCUUCGUCGUCGCCUUACCCAUGCCGAUGCUGUUCGGUCUGCGCAUGUCGCUGCCCAAGCGGCUGGGCGUCAUCGGCAUGUUCAGCCUGGGCGCCUUCAUCUGCAUCGUGUCGCUGCUGCGCAUCCUCUGGCUGCUGAACUGGGACCUCAACGACAUGACCUACACCGUGGUCCCGGGCACCAUCUACACAGUGCUGGAGCCCACCCUGGGCAUCGUCAACGCCUGCCUGCCGACCAUCAAGCCCGCCCUCGCCCGGCUCGCCCCCGCCGGCGCAUGCGCAGGCAUCCGGGACCGCCUGACGGCGCGGAGCGGGACGAGCGGCAAGCACGCGGGUGGGAAUCAGGGUCACGGCAGCAGCGGUGGCGGCGGCGGCGGCGGCAGCAGACUGGCAGACUCCGGGCGGGACCGGUCCCGCAGCACCAUCAAGGGCCUCUACACGCGCCAGUUCGAGCGGCUCGAGUCCGACGACGCCAUCACGCUCGUCGGCAUGCAGCAGCACUCGGCUGUCAGCCAUCCCGAGAGUGUCGACGGGGCCGACGCGGCCGACGGGCCCCACGAGCCCAACGCGUCUGGUAUCACCACAUUGUAUGGCGUUCAUGGGACCAUUUUUACGGAUUACGAGGAAAAGGAAAUCGAGCAAGGCAUCAAUUGA